AUGUCCUGCCAGCAGAACCAGCAACAGAGCCAGCCCCCUCCCAAGUGCCCCUCACCCAGGUGUCCUCCAAAGAGCCCAAAGCAGUGUCUGCCUCCAGCCUCCUCUGGCUGUGCUCCAGGCCUCGGGGGCUGCAGUGGCCCCAGCUCCGAGGGCGGCUGCUGCCUGAGCCACCACAGGCACCGCAGGUCACACCGAUGCCAGCGCCAGAGCUCCGAGUCCUGUGACAGUGACAGUGGUCAGCAGUGUGGGCGCUCAGGCUGUGGCGCUGUGUCUGGGGGCUGCUGA